AUGCUGUGGCGCGAUCUCAAGGCGUGGCAGGUCUACGGGGCCAACACCGACGUGGGCAAGACCAUUGUCUCGACUGUUCUCUGCAAAGCCUUGCAGCGCCGAGCUCCCUCCAAUGGCGUCCUCUACCUGAAGCCGGUGUCGACCGGACCUUUAAACGAAGCUGAUGAUCGUCACAUCUCUCGCUUCGCCCCUGGCGUUGUCUCCAAAUGUUUGUCCCAAUUUUCUGAGCCUGUCAGCCCGCACCUCGCCGCCAAAAUUGAUUCGGUUGACAAAGCUCUCACAGACGACAGCACCAUUGUGUCCAAGAUCAAGCGUCAGCUCAACAAGCAGCUAGAACAAGGGACACGUUAUGCAUUGCUCGAGACGGCUGGCGGAAUCCUAUCGCCUGGACCGUCAGGCAGCCUGCAAGCAGACCUAUAUCGUCCAUUGAGGUUGCCAACGCUUCUCAUCGGCGACCACAAGCUGGGUGGCAUCGCUACAACAAUCUCAGCCUUCGAGUCUUUGCACCUUCGAGGCUACGAUGUUGACUCGCUCCUCCUCUUCGACGAUCCUCAAUGGGGCAACUUUGCCUAUCUCCAGGACCAUUUCGCCAAGCAUGAUGUUCAGGCCGUUGCGCUCCCACUACCACCACCGCGUCGGAAAACCCCAAAAGACGACGAGCAGGCCAUGGCCGAAUACUAUGAGCAGUGUUCCACAUCACCAGGUAUUAAUACCUUAUUGGAGAGCUUAAACCAGAAGCACUUCUCCCGGGUCUCCAAACUGACAUCGCUUCCCUCCCAUGCCGAUUCCAUCAUUUGGCAUCCGUUUCGUCAGCACGGUCUCCCUCAGAACAUUAUUGCCAUUGACUCAGCUUACGGAGACACUUUCGAAGUCUACAACCAAGAAGCCGACCCUGCCGUUGCCGCCAGUCAAGUGGGCACUACUGGCCUGAAUACAGGCAGCUCGGGCACUCAGGCCAAACCACUCACCACACCUCUCUUUGAUGCAUCAGCGUCAUGGUGGACUCAAGGAUUUGGUCAUGGCAAUCCUGAGCUGUCUCUCACUGCAGCCCACGCUGCUGGCCGAUACGGCCAUGUUAUGUUUGGCAGUGCCGUGCAUGAGCCUGCCCUCGAUCUUUGCUACAAUCUGCUGGAGACGCUUCGCAGCCCGCGCCUCACCCGUGUCUUCUUCACCGACAACGGUAGCACGGGCAUGGAAGUCGCCGUCAAGAUGGCUUUGCGUGCGACCUCCCUACGCUACGGCUGGACCAAGAACGACGGUGGCCGCCCUGUCGAGAUCUUGGGUCUGAAGGGUUCCUAUCACGGCGACACCAUUGGUGUGAUGAAUGCUUCCGAGCCUUCAGUGUUCAACGAGGCUGUUGACUGGUACCAACCUUGGGGCACCUGGUUUGAUCCACCCUCAGUGCUCCUUUCCAAGGGCAAAUGGCACGUCAGUGUGCCUUCAUCGUUCCUCGAGCCAGGCUCCACCAAGACCUGGUAUUUCCAGCACAUGGCGUCCCUAUUCGACUUCAGCUCACGCGAAACUCAUGCCAAGUUCUACCGCGACUUCAUCACUAAAGCUCUCCGUUCCCUCUGCCACGACCAAGGCCGCCGCUUCGGUGCACUAGUCAUGGAGCCCAUCAUCAUGGGUGCAGGCGGCAUGAUCUUCGUUGAUCCGCUAUUCCAGCAUACACUGAUCACCACAAUCCGCGAGAACCCCAGCCUCAUCAAUCCCAAGUACCAGCCGAGCUCGAAUCCCGACCCAGCAGACUGGUCCGGACUGCCGCUCAUCGCCGAUGAGGUUUUUACCGGCCUCUAUCGUCUAGGCAGGUCAUCCUCGUCCUCCUUCCUGAGCCCCGAUCCGCUCUCACCCACACCCAUGUCAGUCAGCACAGCACCCGACGUCUCCGUGCACGCCAAGCUCCUGACCGGCGGCAUUCUUCCACUCGCCCUGACCACCGCCAGCAACAGCAUCUUCAACGCUUUCCUUUCGGACUCCAAAACCGACGCACUCCUCCAUGGCCACAGCUACACCGCGCACCCCAUCGGCUGCAGCGUCGCAAACCACGCACUCAAGGAGAUGGAACGGCUCGACACCAGCGGGAACUCCGACUGGCAGGCUUACAGAUCCCCAUGGGCAGCCGCACCAUCGAUUCCGGAUCUCAGCAGCAGCAGCAGCACUGCCAACCCCUCACCAUCUUCUUCCACAGUCAACACGCCCUACUCCUUCUUCUCACCCCACCUCCUCACCCAACUCUCCCACCACCCCCUCCUCUCAGGCCUCUGGUCCCUCGGCACCGUGCUAGCCCUGACACUAAAAUCUACCGAAGGCACCUCCGGCGGCUACGCCUCCAACGCGACCGCCAGUCUGCAGAGCCGGCUACUGACGACGCUGGACGAGAAGACCGGCGAGGGCAUCCACGCGAGGGUGCUGGGAGAUGUCAUCUACUUCAUGUGCAGCUUGACGACCAAGCCGGACGCGGCGGAGAGGCUGGGGAGCGUGUUGCUGAGGGCGUUGGAUGGGGAGCUGGAGGAUCAGGAGUAA